CCAGGGCAUUUCAGUCAAUGUUCACACUGCAUGCAUGUUUAUUUGUGUAAUAAUCACUUUUUUUGGCAUCAGUGCUCUCAUUUCCUUAGAUUAAUCCCAUUGUUGCUGAUACUCAGUCUGGUGACCCUCAGGUGGUUGAAGUGGGACGUGUUCUUUUCUUCAUGGCGGAUGUAAGAAGCCAUGACUGUGCAACAAGCCGCAGAGAUCAGCCCAUCUCAGGUCCAGGUCAGACUCAUAUGCGACCCAGAGAAGAGGAGGAUGAAGACCAACAAGAAAGGCUUGCUGGUGGCAUGACAACAUCUAGAGAAGAGUGCUUGGGUAUCCCAUUAAGCUUUACUGGCACUCUGGAGAAUAUUGUGCAGCAGUUGGACAUCCUGACCCAGACCGUUGCCGUCCUUGAAGAGCGUCUUACGCUGACUGAAGACAAACUGAGGACAUGCCUUGACAACCAGGUCCUGCUUCUGCAACAGACACAACAAGUGGAUGGAUCUGAUGAGGAAGCCGAGGGACAAUCUCUGUGAGGGAAACCCCGGUGGUCCUCACUUCAGUGGUCUUUUUAUUCACCCGGGAAUGCCAUAUGUGUGAGAAAUCAUUGGUGUUGCUGGAGGAGGAAAUGUGGGAACAGGCUGUCCCUGCUGCUGAUAAGAAAGUACGGAACUUCCCACCUUCCACACAUGGGACCGUGCCUUUAACUGGAAAGAGGUACUGCCAGGGGUCAUUGCAAAACCAAGAACAUCCAUCCUGUCUCCCCACAACCUGUUUGAGAAAUCUGACCUUGUCAAAACGUAUUUUCUUUAUAUUGUAGAAAUGAUAAGAUGAACAGAACUUCCUGUGGUGAAAAAAUAUAUAAUUUCUUUAAAUGUUAGUAAUUGUAAGUGGGGUUAUUGCACACAGGGGUUUGCAUAGACACUGAAAUGUAUAUAAUUGGCAUUUUGACAGCAUCUAAAACCUAAACAAUUUACUACUUUUAGGUACAUAGAAUAUUAUAUUAACGGAAUUAAUAGGCUGAUUUUAUUGUGUUUAUUAAAAUGUGACUUCUGUUGCUAUUCAU